UGUCGCAGGAGUCAACCAGCGCAAGCUGAGGGAAUAUCAGAACUCGUCCUUGUCUUGCCGUGCAGCAGCCUGGGGGUACAAACGACCCCAGCUUGCACAACAAGGCGCAGUGUCUCUGAUGUGACUGCCGCAGUAACAAGACCGUUGUCUAAUAAAAUUGGUGAACUUUACGCUGCACAAGGCCGCCUUCAUCAGCUGCUUCCUGUUUUUGUUGUGAGGUGAUUCCCAAGCAGCAGGAAGAAGGAAGACCCCAAUUACACGCAGCACUGGCCUACCAGAGGGCUGUCCACACUGGAGAGCCAACGUUGGAAUCGACCUUGACCUUUCGUCGUGUAGGGCAAGGACAAACGUGCAAACAUGAGCGUCGUUAUGCUUGAAGAAGACUUUCAGAUGUUGGAAGUAGCCCCCAUAUCAGAGAGACCCCAUGCCAGGAUGCCAGUCGACUUCUCUCCCUACCUUCUGUCAGCAAGUCCCCCAGCUACUGGCUUCGACUUCAUCAGUUACAGUCUUUCCCCAUCCUGGCAGAAUUUCAUGCCGCUUGUAUCCCCGCAUGAGAACUGGCAGGUCAAAGAGCCUGUAGACAACACAUCUCAUAAUAGCCCUUCCAUCAACGGACACAAAGGUCCCCUCAAACCCAUUAUCUGCAAGUCUGACACCCAGCUGGCAAAUAUUUCAGAGGAAGAAUCAUCACCUACUCCAACCAGUCCAACCUCCCCAGGACGGAUCAGGAAGAGGGUUUCUUUUGCUGAUCAGAGUGGGAUGGCUCUGGCCACAGUGCGCAUUUUGUCAGAGCCAUCAGAUGUGCCUCCAAGAUUGAAAGCAGAAGUACUGGCCCACCUGACUCAAGGGGCUCAGGCAGGGGCAACAGGCAAGCCACCUCUAAAACUCACCUUUUCCCAGCCAGCUUCUGAAUACAUGGCAUUCAGGGAUAAGCUGGAGUACAACAAAGUAUCCUUAGAGAAUGUCAUUCUGAAAGACUAUGACGUGGUUGGCACGAUCAAGGUGAAGAACAUUUCCUUUGAGAAAAGAGUGUUUGUGCGAUUUACAUGUGACGCAUGGGAGACCCACACUGAUGUUCCAGCUUUGUUCACUCCUGGACCAAGUGAUGGGAGUGGUUUGCCCAAUAUAUAUGACACCUUCACCUUUCGCUUUGAGGUUCCUCCAACAUGUGACAGAUCAAGUUCAGUUCAGUUUGCUGUGUGCUUCAAUGCAGAGCAAGGCCAGUUUUGGGACAACAAUAGUGGAAACAACUAUGUCAUUGUAUUUGAGACUUUUGAUCGUGCCCCAGGGAUUUUGAACUUUAACAGCAACAUGCCAGAGUUUGGUCCCUCAUCACUGACAGACUAUGCGGCCUGGCAUCAUGCAGAUACAUCUGUGCCCUACUGGUGAUUGAUGAUAACUGUUCUGUUAUGGGCCAUAUGGUCAACAAAUCCUCUUUAUAGUCACUCACAUUAGGAUAUGUCACCAUGCAGGCCAUGCCAUGCUUACACCCAUUUGCACCAGGUGUGUGGUAUCAAGCUGAUUGUUUCAGAAUAGAUACGAAGCAGGUUGAUGGCUGAAAUUCACUGUCGUUUUCGUUGUCAGAGUUUGAAAAAGUCCUAGGCAGAGGCAAUCCUAGGCAUUCUGCACGAGGUUUGGCAGGUUGGGGCAUAACAGCAAGUGCGGGGACUUUCUGAUGCAACCAAACAUCAGGCAAGCUUAUGGUUAAAAACUCCUUAAUGGUUUUCUCACCCAUAGGAAGCAAAGACAUUCGCAGACUUUUCGAUGCAUUCCUAUGUCUGAAUGAUUACAGCAUAGUUGAUGCAUUGUAAUUGGUGGUCACCAUCAACAACCAGUCUGUUGCGAUCAUUGUAGUGAAGACUUGUUCAAAUGUUGACAAGUUUUUCAGUGUGCAGAUACCAGUGUAGUGACCAUCAUCAGCUAGUAGCCUAAGGUUCUGCUGAUGGGCUGCAUUAUUUCAUUUGUAUGCUCUACCUGUGAUAUGAUUGACAGGGAGUGCAUAUUUUUAAUUUGUAUAUAUUGUUCACAGAGAAUUCAAUGGUAGGUUUCAGCUAGAUCCUAGAAGCUACUUAAAAAAAAAACUGAAGGAUACAAAGAUCUGUUUUAAAGCUUGUUUGGAAGAAACCCAUCAAGAACAUGGGUGUGGUGCUGCUAUAAAGUAAGAGUGCAGUGACGAAAAAUGAAUGGAAUAAAUUAAAUUUUUGAUUUGAAUGAAACAGUUGCAAAGUAAUUAUUGAUCACAGAUUCUUAUUUUCCAGGAUUUGGAACUCAGUUUAAGGGCAUUUUCUGUACUGUUUGAUUGUAAGUGUACAAACUGAUACACUCUACAGAGCUAGGGAUGGGGGAUGGAAAUCAUUUUCAGUUGUGAUAUACUUGCUAAGGAGUCUUUAUAGGUAAAUCAGUAUUUCAUACUGCUGUGAGAAUCAGAAUGUGCUAUGUGACAGAACUAAGUGGAAGGUUGAAGAAGAAAAAUGUGAUAAAAGUUGAGAAAGAUAUAUAAAUCUGACUUGUGUAUGCAGUGAGAUAAUUAAAUUAUAUUUCCUUAUUGAUGGCUUCAGUACUGAUCUGUGCAGAAUUUGGAAAGGAUUGUGUGUGUUUUCUUACAUUUUUUACUUUUUGCACUCAAUCAGGAGGGUGAAGGUGUACAUGCAAAUACAACUGUUGUACAACUUCUCUUACUUGUGCAGACCCUCUCUCCCCUACACAUACAAACACCUACUUUAAAUUUUUAGAAAAAAAAGACCCAAAACAUUGGUAGAAAAUAGCUCUCAAGACAUGUUAGGGGUUAUUAAGUAACCCAAGACUAAGCGAUAAGUAUUUCAUUUGGCAAAUUUGUAUGAAAGCUUGUACAGAAGUUGACAAGAAUUUUUGGCCAUGUAGGUGGAGACGGAAUAAUCCUUUGCAAAGAAUAUAAAAUCUGUCAUGUUGAUGUUAGUGUGAACAUGACCAGUUGGCGGUGCAAACACUGGAAGAUUUGCUCACAUUCAGAAGAUUUAUACUUUAUACAGAUGGGGAGGUGUUAGGAAGCCAGCAAUCGCCUCCCUCCCUCAGUAGGGAUUAACUGGGAUUGUCCACCUUAACGCGGAUUUUGCAUACUGUCGAUAUCUUCUUGCCAUUGAGGAAACAUGGCCCUAAUUACAAUUCUACCUGCAGCAAAAUUAUUGCAAAUAAAAGCAAAUCCUUCACAUUCAUGGACAUUGUCAAAGGCUGAUCCCGCCGUCAGGAGGGUGGGACGGCGUAGGAGGAUUUUCCAAAUCCGGGAUAAGACAGUAGAUGUGAGAGAAGCCAUACAUCAGUGGUCUCAGUUCUGUUCAGAAACCACGAGGUAAACUGCGCACUGCUUCCUAAUCCACAGAUAAGUACACAGCGGUAAGUGUACCGCAGGUGCAAACACCAGCCCGCAGUUGCGCGUGCCAGGCACGCUCCGCACCGAGGUGCACGUCGGAUGCUAGAAACGCAUUUGUACCUGGCUGCAUCACGAGAUGAAGGGGGGGUAGUGUUGUGGAGGAAUACGGCAAUUGAUGGGAGUGAACGAGUGCUGUUGUUGUUGUUUUGGUUUUUUUUUUUCAGAAUGGGUGGGUUUGGUUUCGUGGCCCACAGCUUGUCAGCGGGAAAGGUGUUUACCACCAGCUUUCCCAAGCUUUGUAGCCUGUUAAGGGUCUCUAUCUCUUUGUAUACCAGCUCGCAAGGAUAUUAUGCAAGGUGAACGCAGUCAUAACCUCUGUGCACUGAGCUCUGCACCGAUUAGAUGCCAACAUUUAUUUUUUAAACAACACAGGUAAGAGAGGUAUUGCAGUGGCUUCAACCCAACUACAGGUACGGUCUCGGCUUAGCUCUCACCACAGUUAGCCAGGAGUAAUCAAAAAUAUUUAGUGUCUCGAGUUCAUUAAAGUUCUAUUUUAUCUCAAGCAGUUUGAGUCUAAACUUCUGUUCAUUUAACAACAAAGCUGACUGCAAAUAAGCAUAUAUACAGGUAAAAAUAAUCCCGUGACCUUUCCGUCCUCGUUUGGGAGUGAGGUGGCAGAGACUGCACUUCUGGGCAAACUUUGUUUUUAUUUUUUAUUGUGUGAGGGGGGUAUCCAUGUCUUUUCUUCUCUACCUUAUUUCCCCAAAUAAAUAACAACUGACUGCACACUCAGUAUCUUUUUAUCAUUAUUAUUGCUAGCAACACGUCUUGGUGUCUUCCAUUGCUGUGUGGUGUAGCGCUGUAAUAUCUUGUCUCCUCCGGUGUAUUGCAAACACUUUCAGCAAAGUGUAGGUGAUUCACUACUCACGACUGUAACUUUGAGUUUGUUCUUUAAGAUAAUUCUUUGAUUUCCUUACUAGUGUUCACAGUAGUGUAUAUUUACCGUUCACAACGAUGCCAAGUCUCACCUGUACUUAGAGUAGUGACUUACUUGCAUUUUCACCUGUUUGUGUGAACUCACCACACAGGUAUGUUGGAUGAAUAGUGCUUUUCAAUUUGUGGUAUUUUAUUUAUUUUUUGAUCAAGUACCACUUGAAGACCUGAAAUCAACUGCAAAGAAAAACACAUAUUUAUUCACCGUCAAUAAAAGAAGAGAAGGGAAUGGGAAAAAGCAAAAAUGAAAAUUUGUUCUGAGAAUAAUGACUUUAUUAAAAGUCUCACUCACACACUCACACACUCACUCACUCGCCACUGUGCCUUGCCAUGUUGCUUGCUAUCCUCAUAUUUAAUGGUGUCAAUAGAAAUAAAGUCAAACUGCUGUCUCUGUCUCACCUUUUUCUUUGCUUUGUUUUUUCUUUCUUUUUUUUUUUUUGGUCUGCAAUGUGCUUAGCUGUAGAUGCAAAGCAUUCCGUACUGACUUGUUUUGUUUCCAGUGUUGGCAUGUGAUAGAUGCUGUGGAAUCUUGAACUGUACUGGAAUUUGGGUGAAGCCUGAGUAACCUUAAGGAGAUAUUGAAUAAAGAGUGGUGACUAAAGGACCAGUACCGCAUUGUGCAGACUAGUUGACUGUCAUAUGAAAGUGCCAGUGAGCUGUAUAUUACAUGACAGACAUGUGAUGCAGGAUUUUGUGUGUAUGUCUGUGUGUUUAGCCUUACAUGUAAUGGUGGGCUUUGUGAUAUAAUGUGUAAUGCAAUGCUGUAUCUGAUAUGUAAUGCAGAGCUGUGUAUGGCUUGUAAUACAGGAAAUUAAAGAGAAUGUGAAAA